GGGGGGGUCCCCGAAGAGCCCCCGGAGCCCCCCCGGGGUGGGGGAGGGGAGGGAGGAGCCCCCCCGAGCCCCCGACCCAACGGGCAGGAGAGGACCUCCUCGGGGGAGGACAUGGAAAUCUCCUCCGACGACAACAGCGACGCCCCCCACGCCCCUCCCCCACUGCCGCCCUCCCCCUUCCCGGAGCCCCCUCCCCCUCCCCCGUCCUUCCCGCCCCCUCCCCCCCCCCAGCCCCUGAUGGCCGUGCCCCUCCCCCCUCCCCCCCCGCGCCCCCUCCCCGAUUUCGGGGGGUCCCCCCCGGCGCUGUUGGAGCUUUUGGGGCGUCCGGGGGGGCGCUGGGGGGGGGUCCCCACCCCCCUCCCGCUGCUGAGCCGCCUCCGCGCCCCCAAAUCCGCCUUUGGGGGGGGGGGAGGGGGCGGGGGGGGCGCCCCUUUCGCCCCUCCCCCACCGCCCCACUUCGCCCCUCCCCCGCCCCCCCGCUUCCCGCCCCCUCCCCCGCCCUUCGAGCCCCCCACGGCCGAGGAGAGACCCCCGGGGACCGACCCCCCGGCGCCCCCCGCGCCCCCCGAGCCCCCCGGGCCCGUGGAGGGGGUCCUGGCGGCGCUGGUGCAGGAGAUGAAGGCCACGAUGCAGCGCGACCUCAACCGGAAAAUGGUGGAGAACGUGGCCUUCCGCGCCUUCGACGCGUGGUGGGAGCGCAAGGAGGAGCAGCUCAAGCCCUUCCAGUCGGGCCGGGGCCGUGAGGAGGCCCCGAGGCCGAAGGAGCCGCCCCCCGCCCUCCUCUCCCUCUCCCUCGUGGACUGGGCCCGGGGAGGGGGCGCGGGGCUGCGGGGCGCCCUCCGGCUGCCCUCCUUCAAGGUGAAGCGGAAAGAGCCGUCGGAGCUGAACGAGGGGGGGGAGGAGAAGCGCCCCCGACCCCCCACCCCCCCCGAGGAGGAUGAGGAUGAGAAGGAGCCGCCGCGCGCCGCGGAGGGCCCCGGAAAGCGCCGGAAACUGUUCCGGUUGGACAGCGAAGGGGAAGAGGCGUCCGAAGAGUCCUCCUCGGCCAAGGUGGGACCCCCCCCGAUUUUGGGGACCCCCCCCGAU